CUGCCAUCAGAUCAUGUGCUGUGAUAUGUACUUCAUAUGUUCAUAUAAAUAACUACUUUCAUAUUAUCUUGUUGUUCAAUUUUCCAGAAGGCUAUGCUAUUUUCAUAAUUUGAAAUACAAUCAUAUAGAAUAACGAUCAUAAGCAUCUGAAUGAACUUGCUUCGGGUAGUAUCACGGAAAUUAUCAAAUAUGAGCAAGAAUGUGGAGAUCGAGAGAAAGUACUUGGUUAAAUCAGGGUGGGAAAAACUAGUCACAGAAAGCCACAUCAUCCGACAGGGCUAUCUGACACAAGAUCGAGCGCGCACAGUCAGAGUCAGGAGAAAAGAUGACACCGGAUUUCUUACCAUCAAGGGCAUAUCAGUAGGUGCCACGCGGUCUGAGUUUGAAUACGCCAUACCGGCAUCAGAUGCUGAUGACAUGUUGGAAACGCUAUGCUUCAGACCGUUUGUGGAUAAGGUCAGACACAUCUACCCGGAUAAGGAGAACAAUGUUGUGUGGGAAAUCGACGAGUUCAAGGGCGAAAACUCAGGCUUGAUUGUGGCCGAAGUGGAGCUAGAGAGUGAGGAUUACAAGCUCACGUUACCUGACUUUGUGGUCAAGGAAGUCACAGGCGAUGUUCGGUACUAUAACUCGCAACUGUCUGACCAUCCGUAUUGCAAUUGGUCGAACGAGGAAAAGAACGCCGAAUGAACCCCGUUUAAAAGCGGUUAAAUAAAAUUCUUAAUAUGAAAAUUAGGCG